ACGCUGGACAAGCUAAUGUGCUAGUGCUGCUCCACUGCCUGGAUUUAGCCAUUUGACUUACUUUGAUUAUUAUUAUAGCUUCUUUUCUUUUUUUUAUGGCUGUCACUUUCUCCGCCGUAUCCGACAGCUAGUCCAGGAACGAAGUGAGUUGAUGCUGUUCCUUCCUGUCCUGCCUCAGUAUGGAUGAAGAAAGCCUCGAGGCAGCCAUCACUGCCUACGGUGCCCAGCUGCAGCAGGUGGAGCUGGCCCUGUCGGCUGCCCAGGACCCCACCCAGCAGUCAGACCUGCUCAAACUGAAGGAAGACCUCGGCCAGCUGAUAGAGCUCACCGAGGCCAGUCUGGUGUCCAUCAAAAAGAGUCGGCUGCUGGCCAGCCUUGAGGACAGUAACGGACCGGAGGCAGCAGCAGCUGAUACGAACGGUGCAAACGGUGGUCUGGACGCCGAGUUUGCUGCUUUUUAUUCUGAGCUUGAGGAACCUACAGGUAGUGUUUCUGACACCAGAGAGAGGGACGAGGAGGGGGAAGGUGGGGUUGUGUAUGGUGAAGAGGACGAAGAGGAAAACGAAGAAGAAGAAGAAGAAGAAGAUGCGCUUAGUGGUACCAAAGUACGAGCACCCUACAGGACAACAUGGGGGACGCUGGAGUACCACAAUGCCAUGGUGGUGGGGGCAGAACCAGCAGACGGAGAAGAGGCACAAGUAAGAGUGCUGUACAUCUACCCCACCCAGAAGUCCAUGAAACCCUGUCCGUUUUAUCUGGAGGACAAGUGUCGCUUUCCGGAUAACUGCAGGUUUUCUCAUGGUGAGGUGGUGUCUGUCUCGGAGCUCAGAGACUUCGUGGAGUGUGACCUCAGUAAUCUUGAGGAAGGUUCGUCCUGCUUGGUGCGGCAUGAGGAUGGCAUCUGGUACCCAGCCAGGAUCACAGACAUUGACAGUGGAUUCUACACGGUGAAAUUUGACUCACUGUUGCUGAAAGACGUGGUGGUCGAGGCCGACUGCGUUAUCCCGCCUUUGAGAGAAGACGACCCGCUCUCCUCCGACUCUGACCUGGAUGACGUCGUGGACGGAGACGCUGUGGGCUACGCAAAAGUUAUGGACUCCACCGAGGAAUCUGCAGUCACGUCAAACGCUGCAACUUUCGGAGGCUGGGAGGCACAUACCAGAGGCAUAGGAUCCAAGCUCAUGCUCAAAAUGGGCUAUGAGUACGGGAAAGGCCUUGGAAAGCUGCAGGAAGGUCGUGUAGAGCCAGUGAUGGCGGUCGUCCUACCCAAAGGUAAGUCUCUGGACCAGUGUGCCGAGCUCACCCAGAGACACACCCGGAGCAAAGCCGCUAAGAACGGCACGCAAACAGCCCGGCCAAAGCGGCGCAGGAAGCCCCGGGCUCCCGCCGGAGGAGGCCGGAGCGUCUUUGACUUUCUCAACCACAAGCUCGGAGGCCAGAGCUCUGAUCCUGCCGAGGGGCGUGCUGCUGCGCCGCCAGCAGCGACCGGCGUGGAGGCUUACAGAGGAGGACAGAGCACCAAGAGGAGCCUGAAUGUGAAGCUGUUCCAAGCUGCUGAGAGGGUUUCCCAGACUGAGAGGGAGAUCCAGAAACUGAACGAGGCCCUCAGCAGGCAGGCAGGAAGGGAUUCAUCCAGAGUGAAGCAGCUGGAAGAGAAGCUGUCAGCGGCCCGCCGGCUGCUGGCCCAGCAGAAAGCCCAGGAGCUGUCCAUCCAGAGAGAGCACAGGAAGGCUGACACACACAAGAAGAUGACUGAGUUCUGAGCUCGGUUCUCUCAAAGACUUGGCGGAUAAAAGGAAGCGCUGCUUUCCUGAAAUGAACUCUUGUUUCUUUGCCAUUGUCAGCUACUGGCUGCGCUGUAUCUUUAAGACUUUUUUUUAACAUUAGUUCUCACCGGCUUCACUUCAGCCAGAAUGGAUCUGCUGAUCCUCGUUUUAUCUUCAUGCACUGAGCAGGUUAUGUGCUCGGCACGGAUGGUUGUUGGUUUCAGACUGUACAGUUCACCAUAAUGGCAAAAAAAUCAUUUUUAUUUGUGAUUUUUAUUUUUCCUUUUGUGCAUUUUCCUUUGACCAGAACUAAAACUUGUGUUCGGAGAAAC